GUAGCUCCGUGCCGGUCUCUCCGCGGGGAGCUGCCCGCAGCCCCGUCCGAGCGCUCCCGCGGGAUGGCCGCGGUGGAGGGUGGUCCCACGGGGCCGGGCGCUGAACUAUAGCGGCCCCGGCCUGCAGCCGACACGGCCCUGCCCGGCUGCGGCUCAGCCCUAAUCGGCUCCUGGCGCCCGGCAGGCAUGGGCUGCUUCUGCGCCGUCCCGGAGGAAUUCUACUGCGAAGUUUUGUUCCUGGACGAGUCCAAGCUGACCCUCACCACGCAGCAGCAGGGCAUCAAGAAGUCAACGAAAGGGUCGGUUGUCCUGGGCUACGUAUUUCGUCACUUAAACCUAGUGGAGAUAGAUUACUUCGGACUGCGCUACUGUGACCGAAAUCAUCAAACGUACUGGUUGGAUCCUGCAAAGACCCUUGCUGAGCAUAAAGAAUUGAUAAACACUGGACCACCAUACACUCUGUAUUUUGGCAUUAAAUUCUAUGCAGAGGACCCAUGUAAACUUAAAGAAGAGAUAACAAGGUAUCAAUUUUUCUUGCAAGUCAAACAGGACAUCUUACAGGGCCGCUUACCUUGUCCAGUCAACACUGCUGCACAGCUGGGAGCGUAUGUAAUUCAGUCUGAGCUGGGGGACUAUGACCCAUAUAAGCACACGGCAGGUUACGUCUCAGAGUACCGCUUUGUUCCUGACCAGAAAGAAGAGCUGGAAGAUGCCAUAGAACGGAUACACAAAACACUAAUGGGUCAAGUUCCUGCUGAGGCAGAAGCAAACUACUUAGAGGUGGCCAAAUCCCUGGAAAUGUAUGGAGUGGAUCUCCAUCCUGUUUAUGGUGAAAACAAAUCUGAAUAUUUUUUAGGAUUAACACCCAUAGGAGUUGUAGUCUACAAGAAUAAAAAGCAAGUAGGAAAAUAUUUCUGGCCUAGAAUUACAAAAGUUCACUUCAAGGAAACACAGUUUGAACUUAGAGUCCUGGGAAAAGAUUGCAAUGAAACUUCCUUCUUUUUUGAGGCACGUGACAAGAUCACAUGCAAACAUCUCUGGAAGUGCUGUGUAGAACAUCAUACGUUUUUUAGAAUGCCAGAAAAUGAAUCAAGCUCUCUGUCAAGAAAAUUCAGCAAGUUUGGAUCCAUAGGUUACAAACAUCGAUACAGUGGCAGGAUGUCUUUUCAAAUGACCAGAGACCCUUCUAUUCAGCUCCCACGUCCUGACCAGUGCAUUGAAAGAAGUCGUAGUAAGACAUAUCCGAAAAGGGCGCAACAGACAGGAUCUGGUAGCAUAAGCCAGAUUACAACGAAUGGGGAUAAUGAAGGAACUACGAAAAUUAUUGCACCUUCCCCAGUGAAAAGCUUUAAAAAGAUGAAAAAUGAGAACAGUCCAGAAACCCAAAGAAGUAAAACAAGCGCACCAUGGGAGGAAAAUGGCCAGCAGAGUGGGCUGUAUAAUUCCCCCAGUGACCGCAAUAAAUCACCAAAGUUUCCUUAUGCUCGGCGACGGAACCCAUCAGGUGGCAGUGAGAAUGAGUGUGGGCAGCCAGUCCGGAGGAGGAAAGCCCAGAACAGUGGUGAAGAUUCAGAUCUAAAGCACAGGAGAAGAUCACGUUCUCGUUGUAACACCAGCAGUGGCAGUGAAUCUGAAAAUUCCAACAGGGAGCAUCGGAAGAAGAGAAACAGAUUACGGCAAGAAAAUGACAUGGUUGACUCAGCUCCUCAGUGGGAAGCUGUGCUACGACGACAGAAAGAGAAAAACCAGGCAGAUCCAAACUACCGUCGAUCCAGGCACAGAUCUCGAUCGAGAAGCCCAGAUGUACAAGCUAAAGAAGAACUCUGGAAACAUAUUCAGAAGGAACUUGUGGAUCCAUCAGGCUUGUCUGAGGAGCAAUUGAAAGAAAUACCAUACACGAAAAUAGAGACCCAAGGCGACCCAAUACGCAUUAGGCAUUCACAUUCACCUCGAAGUUACCGUCAGUAUCGGCGGUCCCAGUGCUCUGACGGUGAAAGAUCUGUUCUGUCUGAAGUGAAUGCUAAAAAUGAUCUGGUGCCUCCACUGCCUGUUACACGAUCCUCAGAUGUUAAAGGUCCUGGCAUCCAGUUUACUCAGCAGAGACGAAAUGGAUCUAAAGACAGCCUUUUAGAAGAAAAGUCUCAGCUAUCUACUAACGUCGAUAUUAAAACUACCACCAAAACGAUAAAAACUGUACAGGUGUCACGUUUUAAGGUAGAGACUUGACUGCUGCACUGGAAGACAUUCUUUGGAAGGCAAGAAUAUGUGUGUGUGUUUGUUUGUGCGUGCAAGGGAAGGAACUGAAGUUGAAGCAGUGGCAGUUUCUACAGGACAUUCAGAAACACAGCCUGCUUGCUGGGAGGGCCAAGCAGUGCCUUUGUCACUUGGACCAUUCUAGGGGCAUGACUGAGGAGAAGCUGAUUAGUCAACCAGAAAAUCCUCAUAGAACAGAAUGAUCAGCAAUUACAUUUACAAAAGAAAAACAAAAAUAGCUACAGGAAAAUAUGCUUUAUGGUCUCCUCUGUAACUGAACAGCCUCUUUCUAAAAAAUGACUGUUAACUAACAUGAUGGGGAGAUGCUUCAAGAGAAGCAAAAUAAGUCAUAUUUUUGGCCAGUUGUGCAAUACAGUGUGAUUUAGGAAGAAUCAUCUUCAUGAUUUCAUCUGGUGAUCAACUUGUGCCCUGAUACAUAAGGACUGCUAACUCUUACACAGUUUAUAUCGUAAAAAGAUAUGCUGGUGUUUUUAAUACUGUUGUCAACAGAAUCCUUUUUUUUUUUAACUCAGAAAUUCAGCAAAGCCCUGUAGCAAAGAGUUCCACAAAUUGUACACACUUACACUCUCUCAGCAAUAGUGUUCUGGAUGGUGAACGUCCUUAUGUCCUUCUGUGCAGGGGGCCUAUUUAACUGAACAUUCCAUACCAUAAAAAUAUGACUGUCAUUUUAUGGUAAACCAUACUGGAAAAAAUAGGGGAUAUGUACUUAUCUAUUGUAUUGUUUAGCGAUGCACUUAAGUAAUGAUUAAAUAAAACUGGUAGAAUAGGAUUUAAGAGAGCUAGGAAAUAGCUCUUUUUAUUAUUUUUUUUUUAAUGACUAGACUAGCAAAGCCUGCCUUAAUCUCUUUUAAUACAAAAUAAUCAAUGCUGAUACCUUCUGUUAUUCCUCUCUGAGCCAUUUCUAUGAUGAUAAAAUGACAAAGGCAGUAUUUCAGGUAUGAUAGUUGCAACUUUUUUUCUUGUCAGGGUAGGUAGAAUAAUUAAUUAUGCUGCAGACUGAGCAUGUUAUCUCACACUAUAGAUCUGAAAUGAUGCCCAGCUCUUCUCAUGUCCUGUCACUUCAAACAAAAUUCCUCUGACACCCGUUUGUCCACAGUUGGGGCAGCCUGGAUUUGCUAAUUGCAAAGCUUAGCAAACCAUUUUUUUAUGCUUAUCCUCCAUAAAGUCAACCUGCUGUCUUUAGUGAUUCACAGUCUUCUGUCUUCUGCCCCUAGCAAGACCAUACCAGGGGACUACAGUCCUUUCAGAAAAGCAGUACUUUUUAUGGGAUGGGGUAUACAUAUGGCACCAAAGUUACGCUUUACAAAACAUGGCAUUUUCCCUAACAAAAGUGAGAAGUAAAAUCUUGCAUAAUGUGUUUUAUUUUCUACAGUAUUCCUAAAUUCUUUAAUGAACUGAGAUGGUCAGAUGGAUGCUGCUAGCUAGGGUGGUAGAUAUGUCGUAAAUUCCCAUUACAACACAGAUUAGUCUGCAGGCUGAGACAUACUGCAUUGUUUCAGGCAAGGCAGAUUCAUCUGGUAAUCUCUUUUCUUUCAAGUAGUUUUCAAGUGCUCUGGACAGUGCUGCUUCUUCAGUUAACAGUUCUAGGAGGAGGAAAGCACUUAGAACCCGGCGGUAGUGCAAAUGCUGUUUUCAUGGAUGCUCUUCUGAAUUUCAUGGAGAUUUCAUUCUAGGACACUGCUGAGCUUUGUUUAAGUACUUGCUCAGAUUGCUUUCUAAGACUGCUAAAAAGUGCCCCAGACUGUUGAGAGUGGCUUUUAUCAAUCAUCAUUCCAGUUUAAAGUAACCCCUUUAUGACUUUUGAUAAGCAUUCUUACAAGCACUGUUAUAAAAAGCAAAACAGCAAGAACAAAACACAAAAAGAAAACCUAACACUGUGCAAAGGUUCUGGUGAGGUCAUCACAGUCUUUUAGAAGGCUGCAAGACUACUGAAAUACAACAAACCACACAAGAACUAGUUACAGUCUCAUGUAAUCAAAUCCACUCAUUUGUUCAAGGAAAUGUUCCAUGCUGGAGAAUUACAGACUUGUAGUUUGUUGCUUUCUCAAUCAUUGCUGUCAUUCUGGAUUCCCUACUCAGGCACAGGCAAGUAGAACACAUUUGCUCUUUUAGGAGUACUGGUGUUGUUAUUGUGCAUUAUCUGUACAUACUGCCUGUAUCUUGCCAAUCUUCAAAUGUUAUUGAUCAGGAAGAAAACUGUUCUAAGGCUUAUAUCCAACCUGAUGUUUUCUGUUUGUUGUCAUCUGCCUGGGAGCUUUUGUGUAUUGUUGGUGGAUACCAUCAGCCAGAUUUGUGGCAUAUUAUUUACCCCACCGCAUAAGAAAAUAGGCUUGUACCUAGUCUGCUGUUGGUAGAUUUUAAUUCUCAGUUCACAGCUGUUUUCUAGCCAAGCCAAAUUGUUUGCAUUUAAGUGAGAAACUUGUGGUGUCUUGGAUUUGAGUUAGCUGUGUUCCCUAUGAGAUUAUUUAGGAAGCAGGAUUUUAGCAUGUCUGAUUACCAGUCUGGAGAAUUACUAUAGUUUUUUUCUCAGCACAAGGGAGCCCAAACUUAGCACAUGUAUUAAAUGUUAGUAUUGGUGGCAAACCAAACCAAAACAUGGACAUCACUGUCAGCUAAUGAAACAGAAAAAUCAAGUUAUUCCAUAAACGUGCACUUCCUAUCCCUUCAAGCUUCUACUCUUCAGUCAUUUCAGGAGAGGCACCUUUGCUUGUGAAGCUGUAAGUUCUGUGUGAGAAACCUUCAAGAUAUUGGUCAUGAAAAGCACUUUUUUGGCACAGCUAUGGUAGCCCUGCAACUCUGCAGUCCUAAAACAAGGACAUAUCUCUGUGCUUCCAGUCUGCUGAAGUGACCUCUGGCCAACAGCUUUAACAUUGUGCCUCUGUACUUACCUGAGACUUCUGUAAAUGCUAUGAAUGAGCAAUCCACAGAACUCACUAGCUACGCCAACAGCGUAGAUCUUUCUCUUUGUAAAACACAUUUUAUAUGAUGAAGAGGGUUUGCUAUUUGUACCACAAAACUUGCAAAAAUUUUGUCACAGUCUGGAUCGGUCCCCCUGCUUGUUGGCUGAUUUCUUUCGUUGGGAGCUAGCCUUGACCUGCUGUUUUCUACACUGCACUUCUCAUCAGUGACCCUAAGAUUACAACUCAUAUUCUAAAAAAAGCUCAUUCUACUGAAAAUGUUGGUUAAAAAAGUCAUUACAAGUUGCCAAAUCAGUCAUCUUUGUACAGGUGAAUAGUGGACUGGAUAUAUAGCAAAUUUUCUUUUGGGAAAGCCUGUUUAAUUCAAAGCUCUCUAGAAAGAUGUUUUAAAACAACAUACAAAAACAUAUCAAUGAUGUGAUUCAUAUGCUCUGUGUACAUUAAGUAUUCAUGAAGCAACUGUGUGCUUUAUUCUAAACUGAAUUUGAUAGAUGGCUGUGUCAAUAAUUGUGUCCAGGUUAUUUAAAAAAGUCAAGUAAAACUUGAAUUUUUAGAGCAUU